AUGAGUCAACUUCCGACGCCUACACUACUAACAAAAGUGGAAUGGAAUGGAAAAACGACUUGGCAACGUCUAGAGAUUUUUAUUGAAGCUUUAAAGUCACCAUUAAAACAUAAGAUUGCAGAAAGAAUCGAAACACUACCAGACAAGGAGAUUAUCACAUAUAAUGAUGACUAUUUAUCAAAAUAUAUUAUGGAUGGAAAUAAAUAUCAAGUUCAAAGGGCUAUGUGGAAUAGCGAAGGCAAUAAGCUAUUCAUAAUUUUAAAACUUAAUGAAGAAAAUCCAGAUAGAACAGAACAUAGAGAAAUUAUUGGUGAGAUUCAAAUUUACUAUUCAGUAAAUGCAAAAGACACUUAUGAAAAUACCAUUAAACUCCAUGCGAUACUUAUAAACUAUGCCAUACCUUUAGUGCACGAUGGAUCUCCCGUGAUUAUUCUAGAAUAUAUAGAGAAUCAAAAUCAACAUGACUACCCAAAUGAAAAUCUUAGCGAGGAAGUAAUAAUCACGAGGAUUGCGCUUAGAGAGCAACAAAGGUGUUGUGAUAAUCACCCUCAUAUUUCAUCUACACUCAAAUUUGUCUCUGAUAAUUCGAGUAAGGGAUAA